AUGGGGCUGCGUGCGGGGCUCCUGCUGGCGUGGGCCUUUGGGCUGCUCGGCGUCGUCAGCGCCGAUUAUGAUUAUUCGCCAACUCCAGAAGCUAUCCCCUACCUUACAGAAAGCAAAAAGGGCAAGUGCUUCUUCCCGUUCCACUUCAAGAACGGCCUGUUCUACGACUGCGUCAAGUUCCAGGCCAAGCACAAGUGGUGCUCCCUGACGCAGCACUUCGAAGGCUCCUGGAAGUACUGCUCGGAGGAGGACUUGGCCAAAUGCGUGUUUCCCUUCUGGUUCAGACGCACCAUCUACUGGGAGUGCACCGACCAUGCGGACCUGUUUGGGAGGAAAUGGUGCUCCCUGACCCAGAACUUCAACAAGGAUAAGGUCUGGAAGCUCUGCUAG